AUGACCCCCCUGACCCGCCCUGACCCCCACUAUGUCCGCGUGUCCCCCCUGACCCCCCCCGUGUCCCCUGACCCCGGCCAGCCGGGGUCGCCGGGGUCGGGGUCGCCCCCCCCGGGGGGGUCGCAGCAGGGCCGGGACCCCCCCCCAGAGCCGCCCCCGCUGGAGGGGCUGGAGGCGCUGGCGGUGACCAUUGACACAGGGGACAGAGGGGACAGGGAGGCGCUGGAGGCGCUGGCGGUCACCAUUGACACAGUGCUGCGGCGGCUGCAGGUGCUGCUGGAGGACGCCGAGCUCCGCGUGGAGCUGCCCCCGCAGCCCGGGGGGGGCCCGGGGGGGGCGCUGGAGCUGCACCUGCCCAGGGCCGAGCUCGAGGACGCCGGGGGCGAUCCCGGGGCCGCUCCCCCCGCGGUUCUGCUCAAGGAGCUGCGGCUGCGCGACGCCCGGCUGCUGUGGCAGGAGCUGCCACCCACCUGGGCACAGGUCCCCGUGUCCCCCCCGGUGCUGGGGGGGCUCCUCCCGGGCCCCUCGGAGCUGAGCCUGCGCCUGAAACGGAAACGGAGCGGGGGGCUGCCGGGACCGGCGGUGGAGCUGGAGGGGCGCGUGGGGUCCCUGCACCUGCUGCUGCCCCCCCCCCCUGCUGGGGACGCUGCGGGCGCUGCUGGGGGCGCUGGAGCCCCCGGGUGA